UUGAAAACAACGUACCAUUUAGUGGGUGGAAUUUCCCGGGACGACGUGAUGUAUACACGAAAUCCUGGUGAAAGCACGGAAGUUUGUACGGCGGAAGGCACCAAGAACUUAAGCUUAAUUAUAGAGUAAAUAUUUGAAAAAAAGCUCCAGAUGUGUUGGAUUUUAUACACGAGUCGUGAGAAAAGGCUGUAACAGAAUGGGCAAGAAGGUUCACGUUUGUUUUUUUACCCGCGAUUUAAAAUCCGAAAGUUCUUCUAAACAAAAUUUCCUGACCUCUUCGUUCCUAACAAAGAAAGGCCCGUCGGCCUACAGGCCUACAUUGCCCUUUAUAAAUAGUUAAAAUGUGCUCUAGACUCUUCCAGAAGGUAUUUCCAGAGUUUGCACGCUGAAGCAGGCUCUCAACGUGCGACUGUUGUUAAUUGUUUACGUGUCGAAUGCAGAUGGGCGGGAACCACCAGAAGCCAUGGAUACAAAAGAGAUAAAAACCCAAGUGGGGAGCAGUUCACGCAGGCAGUUUUCUGAUUGCCUUGGUGCAAUACGGAAGUUCUUAACCUCUAACGAAAAUGAGCCUUCCGCUUUCUAUUGGAAAGGUUGGAUUGAUCGUUUUCUUCAUUUGUCUCAUUCAGGUUGAAGCCGCAGUCUUGAAAGAUGAAGAGGGUGAAAUUGGUGAAGUCGGCCAGUGCCCCAACAGCUACAUCAACAAAGAUAUGAGUUGGUUCAGACAGAACGCUCAAACUUUGCUCUUCAUGGAACAUCUCCAACAGCGAGCCAGUCAGGAAAAUCUCUUUGAUUGGUCCAAAGAGCAAACAUCGGAAAAAUACCGAAAGCAACUCCGCAAUCUGGAAGAUCAGUUUGUAAUGCCGGAAGAAGUCCCCGACGAUUGCUACGAAAGGAUGCCGAUCCCGCAGAAGAUUGCCCAACGGAUUUCCUUCCUGGAAGACCGCCUGGAAGGUUGCGGAGCUGCCCAGCCGCCGCAGCCCUGCGCUUACGGCGAACCAGUCGUUGGCGGAUACGGAUCAGGUUUAGUUUUUCGCCGUUUAUCCGUCAUCCAAGCGGAAUUAAUGCGACAAAGAAACGUCAUUCGCUUCAUGAGAACGCGUUUGAUGGACAUCAAUCGACAGUGCGAAGAUUUCAUGGCUGUUAUUCCUGAGAGAACCAAUUUCUUGGACGACUGCUCCGGUGGAGUUGUAGAAGCGAAAGAGACUUCGUGCAUGACCGGACCUCCCGGCCCACCAGGACCGGAAGGAACGCCUGGCCCGAUUGGAGUUGAGGGUCCCCCAGGACCACAAGGACUUCCUGGUUUGAACGGUUUACCUGGUGAAAUGGGACUGACAGGAGAGCCAGGUACUCCAAGCGAAUGCAGUUCCCCAUGUGGGCAAACUUUUCAACCUUUCCAACCCAUCCAACAUCCUAUGAUGUCAUUUCAGAAUCCUCCGCCAUUGUGCAGUCAACCCCCGUGCAGUCCACCCAAAACGAACACGUUCUAUCCAUAUCCCUGCAAAAACCAACUCGACUGUCCAUCCCUGUACCCCUAUCAAAACCCUUACGUAUUGAGACCUUCCUAUGCUCCUGCGUGGCCUUCCUAUCUUUCGUAUGAUCCCUCGAAUCGUUAUGUUCUCCCUCAACAGUCUACCAUCACGACACCUGCUCCGCUAAAAGGUUCACUGGAAAUCGCAGAAACGAUUGAUUCAAUCGAAAGCGUUUAAAAGUGUUUUAAUGCAACCUUCUUAAAUUCAGUUUUGACUUGCAAGCACGCUUCGUUUUACAUUAUUAAAAAAAACCAAUGGCUUUAGCCGAUUGGGAUUUUAAAACAAUGUAGUUAUUAGUUUCUUAAAAUGUAGUGUUUUUUACUUAGCAAUAAAAUCAUUUUUCAAAAUAG